AUGGACAUCGACGACAUUCUUCAAGAAGUCGACCCAUCAUUCCACACCAUACCCCAAGAAAAGCGCGAUCUCCAGGAACUGACGCGUGCAUGGGUUGCCGAACGAUCGGCGCCGGAGCUUCUGCCCUGGCCGGCCGACGGGCUAUUCGAGCGCAUCAAUGGCAGCAUCAAGCGGCAGAUUGAAAAGGUCGAGGAGAUGACGGGCGACAUGGACCCCAAAACCAACUUUGCCCUCAUCGUCAUCCAGACCGAGCUCGAGCGCUUCAAGUACCUGGUGCGCAGCUACCUGCGCGCCCGCAUCGCAAAGAUCGACAAGCACACGCUGCACUACCUUUCGACCGACGAGCUGCGCGGCCGUCUUUCGGACAUGGAGCUGGCCUACGCCACCCGCCACCAGGCCCUGCUGCACAACCACUACCUGUCGUCCUUCCUGGCUUCUUUCCCGCCCGCCCUGCAGAACCUCAACGACACCGCGGGAGGCAUCUCCAUGAUCGAGACCCCCGAUCUCGAGUCGGCCGUGUUCAUCCGCCUGCUCAAAAACGCCCUCGUCGAAGGCCGUGGCGUCGACACGGACGACGCUACGAAUAUGCAGGUCAACGACAUUGUCAUCCUGCGCUGGUCCGAUGCGAAGCCGCUGGUUGAAGCGGGCAGCGCCGAGCUCAUUUGA